ACGUCGUGUGAUCGUCGUACAGUCAUUUACGGACUCUGCUCGAAGGAGGCUGCGUCUAUCCGCUCACCGUCUAGUUGCUCCGCUGCGCCCGCGAACAAAACAAAACAAAAUGGCGUCCGCCAGAUCGGUGAGAGAAUUUUAUAAAGAUCGAAACGUCUUAGUGACAGGUGGUUCUGGUUUUAUGGGUAAAGUUCUCAUUGAAAAGCUGCUGUAUUCCGUUCCCGAUAUCGGCUACAUUUACAUCCUCAUGAGACCUAAGAGAGGGAAGUCAGUUACUGAAAGACUCGAAGACAUGCAGCGACUACCGCUAUUUCAUAGAAUAAAAAAUGAAAAACCCAACGCUUUUAAAAAACUGAAAGUAUUACAAGGUGAUGUGGUGUUUGAGGACUUCGGCUUGCCGGAAUCAGUCAUAGAAAAUAUAAGCAACGAAGUAUCUGUGGUGUUCCACUUUGCUGCUACCUUAAGGCUUGAGGCUCCUCUAAAAGACAAUGUGAAUAUGAACACUGCUGGCACUCUAAGAACACUGAAUGUAGCCAGGAAAUUAAAAAACCUGGCCAUUUUUGUCCACCUAUCUACUGCUUUCUGUUAUCCUGACUAUGAGGUGUUGGGAGAAAAGAUAUACGCGGCGCCAGCACAACCUGAACAAGUGAUGCAGCUUGUAAAAUGGCUAGACGACAGGCAACUUGCAUUAAUAACACCGUCGCUUCUUGGCCCGCAUCCAAACUGUUACACUUACUCGAAGCGGCUAGCGGAGAGGGUGGUAGAAGAAGCGUACAAACAUCUGCCGAUUGUCAUCGCUCGUCCAAGCAUUGUGUGUCCUUCGCUAAAGGAGCCAGUGCCUGGAUGGGUGGAUAACCUAAACGGGCCAGUGGGUGUGAUGCUAGGUGCGGGCAAAGGCGUUAUCCGCACAAUGCUGUGUGACGGCUCUCUCACUGCACAAGUGAUACCAGUGGACAUAGCCAUCAAUGCUAUCAUCGCCAUUGGAAUGCUGGAAGGAACAAGGAUGGAAAAACUUGACAUUAUUCCUGUUUACAACGUGAACAUAGGCCAUCAGAAACCGACGACAUGGGGCGAAGUUCUGAAUGUGGCAAAAGCAUACGGAAGGAAAUAUCCAUUGUCAUGGCCCCUUUGGUAUCCCAACGGAGACAUAACCACCAAUUACGCUUUGCACGAAUUACGCCGCAUUUUUUACCAUUUGGUACCGGCUUAUUGUAUCGAUUUCAUCCUGUUCUUGACGGGACAAAAGCGAUUCAUGGUGAGAAUACAACACCGAAUUAGUCAAGGGCUAGAAGUUCUGCAGUAUUUCACGACGCGUCCGUGGUCUUUCCCGUGUCCAAACUAUGACAGCAUUCAAGGAAACCUGAACGAUGAAGAAAAGAAAAUAUUCAACACCGAUAUAAGCGACGUUGAUCGUGGCGAAUACAUGCAAAAGUGUGUCGAAGGCGGUCGAGUGUAUUGUCUAAAAGAGGACCCAAAAAAUAUGGCCAUCAACAGAUUGUACCACAACUUUUUGUACGUGCUGCACAUCAUUUUUAUGAUUCUAUUCUGGCUUCUGAUACUGUCUUAUUUUGCUACGUGGUUUGAACCAGUGAGAAAUGUAUUCGCUAUCGGAGAGCCUUUAGUAAAACAUAUACCAUUUUUGGGACCCAGUGUACUCAAAAAUACUGAAAAACAUUUUUAAAAUAUUCUAUGGUGCUUGGCUAGUAAAUCCUAAGAAAUGAAUAGCUUAAUAUAAACAUAAGUCUUUAUUAACUUCGCUACAUGUAUUAUAUACAAUUAUAUAACUUUUAACAAAAAUAUAUGUCUGUUAUUAGUCGUAAUAGUAAAUUAUAUUGUUAUAAUUGUAAUGGGUAUUCUAUUCUACGCUUUUUCCGACAUAUUUGAUUAGUCUUAUUUUUUUGCUACAUAGGAAAUACAAAAUAUAAGUCGACGAUAUCAAUUGACACACUGCGAAAAAAAACUGCGUAGAAUUUAUUUUCUAAACCCACGUGGAAGCGCUAUACCAAAUAUUAAGUAUAUACAUUAAAACUGCAUUGUAAGUAUGUGUUUUCCGCAGUGCACGGUAAACUUGCAAAUUAACUCUGAUGGUUAUAAGUCAGCACAUUGCAUCGCAUCAAUCGAGUGCAAUUUAAAUAUAUAUUUAUACAGUAAUGUUUAACCCCAACAUCUGCAGAGGGUCAUGGUUUUUCAGUUUUUGUAAGAAUCGUACCUAUAGAAUUCUUCUUUUUGCGUAGUCUAAAACGCAGUUUGGAGGAUUUCUAUAAUAUGCAAAUGAGUUGCAGUUUUUUGCUCAAGUGCGAAAUCCGUGUCUGGUUUAAUUAUUCAACAAAGCCGUCGAAAUUAUUAAGUUAAAUAAAUUUUGAACUGAUGUUAAAUUAAAACGAAACAUCCUCAACCAAAAUGGUGUAAAGCAUGGAACAAAAUAACUUCGUAUCUUUUUUUAAAUACUAUAUUUUGUGAUGACUGCUAGGGACGAAGUGCAAGUCGGGAUAUAAUCGUGUUUACUAGCUAUUCAUAGUAGCUUCCAUAACGAUAGAAAAUAACAAGACAAAGAGAAUUAUAAUAAACAAGAACAAAAAUGAAAAUGAAAAUUACUGCCUCGGUGGCGCAGUAAUACUGCAUGCGCGGUACGACAGCGCUCUG